UUCGGGGUUCCCGUUUCAGUAAGUUUCAACAUAACACUGAAACUAAACUCCUGAGUUUAUUUUCCUACUGUAUUUGUGCUUUUCCCUCUUUGUAUUUUUAGUUUAGUUUCCAGCUGAAGGCAGAUUCAUUCCGCACGAGGUUCGUGGAGUUUCCAGUAAUUCGAAAGAGCAAGUAUAAGUGCCAAAAAUACAUUUGGGGUAAGUUUAGUUUCAAGUCCAGUUGUGGUGGAUGAACUAGUAGAAGUAGCUCUAGCGCUCCCCCUGCUGGUAACAUGUAUACACAAAACACCAGAGCCAGCCGGAGAUCAUCUGUGAACGCUAUAACCGCGAGCGUUUCCCUUGUAUUGGAGUUCCAGAAAUAUCCUGAUUUUGUUUAGAAGUUAUGCUGUAGAAGCAGGCUGUUUUUCCUUAGAUAGAGAACAAAACUGUAUGUUUCACUGAGGUCAUUAUAGGUCUUUCAUUUAUAGGCAGAGUGCUUGAUUAUAUCUCAGUAGUCACAUCAGUUCCAUCACCCUAUUAAUUCAUAACCGAAGCAUCUCUCACUCUUUGCUUAUUUUCUCUGUGUGAUUGUUUACACGGGGCCAAUGACACGUACAGUACUAUGACUCUCAUUAGCUGCUUUGCCCUAGUUUGCUCUUUCUGAAGUUUCUGCUCAUUUGCCCCGUCCAUCCUUUCUCCGUUUCAGUUUUCUUCAUUUUUAUCUCUUUUCUUUAGACCCUCUCUCAUUCUUUCGCUCGGAGGUGAUUAGGAGCUCAGCUGGUAAUGGGACUUGGAGGUGCUGAUAAGUCUGUUAGCUUUAAUUAAAGACAUUUACGGGGAUGUAAAGACAUUUAGCCAGAAGCUGAAGACCAUUUCUGAUUACAUCUCUAAAUCCUUUUUUCUUAUGCUCUCUCUCUCACAUUCUCUGUCUUUUCACAAGCAAUUCCCACAGUCUUCUUGUCUAACAGUCUGCUUUGGCCAGUUUUAUGGACGACCAACUUUACUUAUGAUUUAGAGUUCAGAAAUGAGCAUAUAAGGUGUAAUUUGUACUUUUUUUGUGUUAAAGCCAGAAGCAGAAUUUUCUGGCUGCAGAUAAAAGUGAUUAUAUAGCUGCAUAUAAAAUAGUGUGUUUUCUGUUUUAUCUGCGUUCAUGCUUGUAAUAUAUCUUCCGGUUUUUGUAUGCGUGUUCACAUUUGUUGUGUUUAUCAGCUUCUGUCACAUGUUGCUCUCAGCUCUAAGUGUCGGGCCCUCUUCCUGCGAUGUCCUUGUGGUCAAAUGUGAGAAAAGAAGACAUACUCUUGCACUUUCACUAACCGUUAAGAAUAUGUUGCUUCCUAACAGCACCAUGGCAAAAUAUUUUCAUGCUUUCAUAUUUAUUUAUGGUUCAUGUUUCAUCAUCUCUCCGCUCAUGGCAGGUGAAUUGCAUGAUGUGGUCAUUGUACGUGAGGACACAUCUGUCACCCUGUCCUGCUUUGAUUCACCACCCACAUCUUCUGUAAUGGUUGUCUGGAAGAUGAUGUCAGCGAGAGAAGAUCACUGGUCAUAUUUGUUAUCAGCCAACUGCAUCGAUGGAAAAACAAAAGGACGCAGCAUAUUGUUUGGCGGCAGAACUUUUGAGAUCUCUGCAGAUGCCUCGCUGAUCUUCAGGGCCGCACCAGCUGCGCAAGGACGCUACUCCUGUGUGGUACAAGAGGAUCACAAAAAUCUACAGGAGAGGACUGUUCUUCUCGUCCUGAUUAAAUUAACUGUUACUCCCACGCCCCCUGUCACAGUGGACAGUACUGUGAGACUGGCAGCUCAGGUGUCGCCCUCCUCCGUGGCUGCCUGGGGAACGUGGGUGUCUCCCUCGGGUGAUCAUCUACACACUGAAAUCUCCCAUGGCAUGGGUGGUCUGCUCAGCAAGCUGCCUCGCAUCACCAGUAAAGACAACGGAGUCUAUACCUGCAGAAUCCGUAUCUAUGGUAACAGUGGCACGUCUGUCUCAGAGCACCGGGUGAAUGUGACAGUGAAUGUGAAAGCUGUGUUUUCUUUCAAAGAUGUGACACAUGGAGUCCCAAGGUCUGUGGCAGCCCUUUCUCGAUCGCUGGUCACUCUAACAUGUCCUUCUGUCCUUGGUGACUAUGUGUUACUCUACUGGGAGUAUCCUGAUUCAGAUAGAAUGGAGCUCAUAUUCCAGUUUGACCGCUGGAGGCGGAGCUACACCAACCAGACCAAACCCCACGUACAUUUGAUAGACCACGCCUCCCCAGCUGCUGCUGGCAACUUUUCCUUCCUUUUAAGCCCGGCCCUGAAGGAUGGAGGAUUGUACUUGUGUGAGGUCUUCCUGGAUGACAAGGCUUUCAGUCAAGCCAAUAGACUGAGUGUUUUACAUGGCUACACCAAGUCAUCCCGCACUGCUCUGGAUCUGAGUUGCAUGUACUCCGAACGCUCUCAAGUCAAAUCUGUAAGGUGGACGUAUGUUCAGGAUCCCAGUCGCUUUCUGCAGUCAUCUGCAGUUUUGGGCCGGAUCACAACCUCUGUAGCACUUCCUGUGACCUCUGAGACGGCUGGACAGUAUGCCUGCACUCUGUAUCUAAGAAAUGGAAACUCAGUGCAAUAUAUGUACACCGUCACAAUGGCCACUAUAGCUCCAACAGUUUCUCCAGGGCCUGCACUGACAUCUGCAGCAGAAGAUGUUUUAAAAACCUCUCAAGUUUCCACCUUCUCAUUCCUCCUAUUUCUGAUCCCCCCGAUUGCCGUAGCUGUUGGGGUGUUGCUAUGGAGACAGGGCUAUUGCGUCACCCGUCGAAGUGUUGAGCAAUCGCUGUCUCACCACUCCGGAGAGGUGGAGAACAUCUAUGAAAAUCCUGAUGAUCUGAGACAGACACCUCCCCAAGGCGCAGUCUACAUGGUUCUCAAGCCAACGGGUGAAAUAGAUGUAUAUAAAGAAUUAGAGAGAAACAACCAGUGCUGCGGUUGAGUUUAUUAAACAUAUAUAAUGUAUAUCAAGAUAAAAUAACUGUAUUUGAAAUAAAACUUAACGUGUAUGUGACUUCUGUUCUUAUUACGAGUAUGACACUCCUUCAAAAAUUGUCAUGAGGUUUCAGAAACUUUUUCUUAUUUUGUAUUUUCUAUCUUUUUCUUAUAUUUUUGACAGCAGUUUUAUUUUAUGUCAAUAAUAGUGCACUGUAAGAAGAAAAUAUGUGGGGUAAAAAAAGACUAUGAAGGUUAAAUAAGGAUAAGGAAAAACAACACAAUAUAAUGCAUAUUUCAAAAUGUGGAAAAUACAUUUUAAAAUGUCUAUAAAUGUAAAACUAUGCUUAUGAUGUAUAAUAAAUGUAAGUGCUUUGCGUCUCUAAACUCAUAACUGGCCCUGACUCACUAAUGAAAUAUUUAUCCACAACACAAUUAUGAAAAUGAAAUAUUUAAUAAAAUAUCUAUGUAAACUGUUAUAAUUGUUACUUGUUAUAAUAAUUAUUUGUAUAAAUAUUUAUUAUAAAACACCAUUUGUUAUUAUAUUUUUUUCAGUGUCAAAUAUAUGUUUCAGCAAUUGAUUAAUUCAUUGAUCGAUUGAUGAUUAAAAAAUAAAUAAACGUGUUAUUUAAUGAUCACAUUUCAUAUAUUGAUUGCUACGUUUUAUGUACAUUUGAUAGAUUUAUUUAUUAUCAUAAUAUUUGUUUAUAAUAGCGAUGUCAAAAUUAAGUACAUUACCAUAUCAAAAUAAACAAAGAUGUGUUUCAGUCAGAGAGACACGUGAGCAAAUAAAUAAAAUUUUGAGCCUUGUUUAUGAUCGCAUUUUAUUUAUGGAUUGUAACAUUUUAUGAUAUAGGCCUAAUUAUUUUCUUAUUGUGCAUUUAUGUAUUUAUUUGAUUAAUUUUGUGUGUUAU